AUGCCCCCCUUCAAACGGCGCUCACGCUUUCCCGGUUUCUGGUUCUCCCGCCCCCGUUACAAUUUUCGCAAGAGCGCAACAGAUUUCCGGUCGCCCAAAAUGUGCAUCACCGGGCAGAUACCCGACCCCACCACGCCCGGCGUCUGGUGGCGGGACGACACCGUGUGGCGGCUCUACCAGAACGCCCACGCUGACGUCAUCAAGCAGGGCAUCCAGAAUGGGCUGGCGUCAGUGACCCUGUAUGGGGUCCAGAAUUGCGUCCAGCCGGUGCAUGGAGAGACAUACACCGUCAAUCUGAGGGGCAUGCAGCAAAGGAGCCCACGUGGCUUCCUGCGGACGGUGCUGAUCGUUGGGGCGGCCGCGGCCGCGGGAGGGCCCCCGGCGACAAUCCAGAACGGACAGACACUCGCUCUGCCGCCGAGCUCGAGCUCUGGCCCGCGCCCCCCGCUCCAGGUGUGGCACCGGGACCCGUCUACCGGGGGGUGGAACCAGUUCUCCGCGAGCGACUCGCGCUUCCUCCUCGACGCCGCCCGCCACUUCAAAAGUCCGUGGACGUCUUCUGUAAUCGACUUCGCUUCGAUGACCAUGACCGACACCGCCACCGGUGUCAAGACGGACGUCCGCAUCGCGUGCCCCCUGGACGGGCAGGAGGUUGCGUCCGCAGUCGCGGCGGCGGAGAUGGCACAGAGGAAAGAGCGUCUGUACGAGAUGGUGGAGUCGCUGCGCGCCCCCGAGAAAGCGGAGCCCGUGUUACAGAGCCGUGUCCGUUCUCAGAGCUACUUGCCGGGCGUCACCUUGGACGUCACGAGCGUGCGCGCGAACUCUUUUCUGAGCCGCGGCAACCCGCUGUACGAGCGCUUCGUGGCGACCCUGGCGCGUCACAUGCCGGACCUGAGAGGGCUGCUUGAGAAUGGCGGCGUCUCUCCGAGCAACCCUCAUUCUGUCAUCGAGCACGUCUUCCACGGAACGCCUCCGGACAACCGCGCGAGCAUCAUGAAGCACGGCAUGAACCCGAGUCUGAGGACGUCUGGGGCGGACUACUUCUCCACCAACGCGGCUGUCUCUAUCGGCUUUUGUGGAAACGAGCUCAGUGUCGUGACGCGUAGACGUGAUUGGGCAGUCAAGCUUCUGGUUUUCUUGGUCCUGAAGCUGCCCCCAGGGUUUGAAGCGAAGCGCGGCAACGUGGUGACCAUGCGCGAAGUCGAGUACGAGCUGCCCAUUCUGGAGGUGACGGUCCACGAGAGAGGAUGCUAG